CCGGACAUCUCGAACUUGGUGUCGGUGAAGAUCGAUAACGUGUCGUACGAGCUGCGGGAGGAGGAUCUGCGCGAGGCGUUCGAGAAGUUUGGGGACGUCGGGGACGUGUACAUUCCGAAGGAGCGCGGGAGCUAUCGCGCGCGGGGGUUCGCGUUCGUGAGGUAUCACUCGAGAGAACACGCGGAGGCGGCGGUGAGCGCGAUGCACGAGACGGAGUUGGGCGGGAGACACAUUCGAGCCGCCAUCGCGGAGCGUGGACGCCCGGAGGGAGGGUACCAAGCGAACAAUAACCGC